AUGACAGCCGAGCCCAGAACAGCCCAUCGGAAAAGUGGAACUCUGGAACUUGCUAGCGUAGCAAGGAUCUUUGGGGUCUCCGAGGCUCAAGCCUGGGUCUACUGUUCAGGUCGGAGGAUUUAUGAGCGGCAAAAGCGUGCUGCUUGUCAGAUUGGAUGUCUUGUAAGGAUGGCAUCGGCGCUUUCGCCUCUCCUUUCUUCUGCUCCUCCUCCUACUUGGCGGAUUCACUCUUUUCUGUAUCAUUUCACUUCACCGCCUUCAUCACUUCAGCCAAAAGGCUUCCGUCCAGCCGGACUCGAGAUGGUCGCCUGGCAGCCGGCGACAAGUGGCGUCAACCGCCUGCAGACUGCCCUCCUCCCUCCUGACUCGGGGCGUCACCGCGGCGCCGGCCUCGAGACUGGCACCGCUCAUCUGUCCGGACCACUUCAUGCUAACCGCUCUCGAGCCGAAUCGGUCUUUUUCACUCGCGCAACAUCUGCCCACCAGAGCCUGGCUGCGUCACGGACGUAUCCGAAUCAGUCGGCCGGCAACUGGCGUCGGCGUCGGCGU